UGAAUAUACGCACCAAUCUGCUUUUCCCCGACUUCCACUGUGAAGUCUUUGCAAGCAGCCCAGUGGAUGUUCUCCAUCUCCAGCUUCUCCGUGGGAGAAGCGUCCAGCAAGCAAGGGUGUUACAAGCAGCAAACAAUAAACUCAUGGCAGAAACUCUUCAAGAAUGCUUCAGAAUUUCCCAGAAGCUUCUGCCUCAUCCUUUUUCUUGAGAGAAGUAUUUCUCUAUUGUUGUGCCCAGUGACUCAGGAGACGCAUGUCGCGGAUUAGGAUUACACUUGAUAGUGUUACCAAGGCAGUAGGUAACACAGACUUCAUCUCCAAGUUCUCCUGGCUUAAGGCGGGCGGCAGUAGGGUCGACACCACCCAUGCAGAAAAAGCUCUGGCAAAAGUUGAGACCUUAACCUCAAACAGCAGUGCUUCACCACCUGAAACUACGAUGAAAGUCGAAGAUGAAGGUGAGAAGAGCGCAGCAGAGGAAGAGGCAGAUAAGGAGCAGCAGCAAAUUAUAGAGAAGCCUUUUGUUUCCGCAAAGAAAUCCACAUCCACUUUGGCUUCAGCGGCAAGUGUUUCUGUACCUUCCUCUAAUGUGGCAAAACAAACUAUGCAGUUGCUCCAGCCAGCAGCUCUGUCUACCAACAUGGAUGAGACCUACAAAACCCUGGCCAACCACAUCAAUGCUUACUUUGGCCCCAGCACAGAAGGAGAAGAUGGAGAGAACAGGCAGCAGCACAGAGAAAGGGAUGGCCAUGUUUCUGAACCUGUUCCUCAGUUUUCCUCCCAGAUGAAGAGUGACCACAUUCCUGUUUUGUCCCCAGUAGGAAAAAGUAUUGAGGCACCCACUACCUCUCCUGUCCCCGCCUCUUCAUCAGAAAGGCCCAGUCCUUCAGCAGAGGCUCCUUCUGCUGAGUGCCCAUCAGCCGAAAGCGAAGCUCAGUCCGUCCCUGUGCCGACCCCUAGAAAAGGUUUCAGUCACUAUCUGUCCUACCCCCGGCCCAGUGUUCAGGCCUUUGUUGGCAGCUACAUUGCACCACUGGUCCCCAAAUUUAGAGGCGAUUCCAAAAAAAUGGCCGACAGGUCUUCAGCGGUUGCUGUGGAUGAUGCCGCUGUGGAGAAGGCAGGAGAAAAGACGGAGAGUGAAGAAGAGAAAGCUGAGAAAGCAAAGCAGCAGCUGAUAACUCAAAGGGAAAAGAUAAUAGCCAGGGUGAGUGUAGACAACAGGACCAGAGUUCUGGUGAAAGGCCUGCAGGGCAUCACUGAUGUCAAACUCCUCACUACUCGAGUGGAGGAGUUUAGCUGCCAUCUCCUGGAGUUCCCUGAGACUCGAGUUGUGGCCAUCAAGGAGAAGGUGCUAUCCUGCCUCCUGCGAUUGCGCCAAGCCAGAGAUCUUCCUCUUCAGGCUGCUGUGAGAGAAGCACUGGCCCUGAUUGGCUACACCGAACCAGUCAAAGGCAGAGGAAUUAGAGUCCUGUCUAUAGAUGGAGGGGGAACAAGGGGGUUGCUGGCUCUGCAGACUCUCCAUAAAUUGCAGGAGCUCACAGGGAAACCAGUCCACCAGCUCUUUGAUUACAUCUGUGGGGUCAGCACAGGUGCCAUUCUGGCGUUGAUGCUGGGGAUUUUUCAGAUCCCCCUAGAAGAGUGCGAGAGGCUGUACAGGCAGCUGGGUUCAGAUGUGUUCAAACAGAAUGUGAUCGUUGGGACGAUGAAGAUGGGCUGGAGCCAUGCUUUCUAUGACAGUGAAAUCUGGGAAAAUAUCCUCAAAGAACAGAUGGGUGAUGGGCGAAUGAUCGAGAGUGCCAGGAAUCCACACUGCCCUAAAGUGUCAGCAGUUAGCACUAUUGUGAACAGAGGUCUGCCUCUGAAGGCCUUUGUGUUCAGGAACUAUCGACUCAUGCCGGGAGUGAGAUCCCACUACCUUGGAGACUGCAAACACAAGAUGUGGCAGGCCAUCAGGGCCUCGUCUGCCGCUCCGGGCUACUUCCAGGAAUUUGUUCUGGGAAAAGACCUUCAUCAGGACGGAGGACUCCUAAUCAACAACCCUACAGCUUUGGCCAUUCAUGAGUGUAAGUGUCUGUGGCCAAACACACCUCUGCAGUGUGUGCUGUCUCUGGGCACCGGGCGGUACGAGACAGCGGGCAAGAAUAGCACAACCUACACGAGCCUCAAGACCAAACUGGCCCACGUCAUCAGCAGUGCCACAGAUACUGAGGAGGUACACACCAUGCUGGAUGCUCUCCUGCCCCCGGACACCUACUUCCGUUUCAACCCCUACAUGAGCGAGGACAUCCCGUUGAACGAGAACCGCGUGGAGAAGCUGAACUUCCUCAAGGGCGAGGGCGAACGCUACCUGGAGCGCAACGAGGCCAAGCUGAGGAAGGCAGCUAGCGUGCUGGGCCAGGAGAAGAGCACCAUCCAGAGACUGGCUGAGUGGGCCAAGCUGAAGGCAGACAUGUACGAGGGUUUCCCCUUUGUCUCCAAGCUCUAGCUGGAAGCCUGGCAGCAAUGUGACCGUGAGAGUUUUUUUUUUUAAGAUAAGAAGACACAGAGGGGCAAAAGACACCGAUGGAGUAAAUGCUCGGGGGGGGAAUACAUACUGGGAACAUUUUUAUGCAUCCAUUGAGAAGGUUUGAAAUGAAAUACCAAAUGUUUACACUGUUUUAUCAACAUCUACCUAACACUAAAAAAAAUGAUAAUUCAGUAAUAGUGUUGUAUAAGUAACAAAUGUGAUGCAAUUUGCUCUUGGUGGGAAAGGAUGCGUCUGUGAUGGAGACAGAAUGUUAUACUUGAAUUAAGCAGGUUUUAUCACUAUAGUGAAACCGUUUUCUUGGCUGACUGAUGAAGAAAAUGUAAGAAAGUGUCGUCGUACUGGGUUUGGGGACACACAAAGAUGGACAUGUGGAGUAGUAUCUGUUAAAAACAGUUUAUCUGUGGUUAUUUGGUAAAGAAAAUGCCAUUUGUUUGCAUUUUUCAGUAACUUGAAUACAUUAAGAUGUAAUUAAUAGAUGAUUGCACAGUGACAAGAUGAUCACGACUGCCUAUUUAUAACACUGUAUGCAAGUUAACAGCUCAUGCACUUUUUAAAGGAUAAUUCUUAGGUUCUCUGUUGGGAAUAAUGUAAAUACAUUUUGUUGUACUUAUGACUUCAGUAAUUUAGAUUUUGAGUGCCCUUUUUCAGAUUUAAUAAUAUGGAAAGAGUAGCGCUGGUGAUCCACAUACAGCCACUUUGAAAUCUACUCUGAUACUAAAGUAUUAAAAUAUGACUGCUGUAAUCUGGUUUUAAAAAAAGAAAAAAAGAAGCAUGUCUUAGAGCAAUCAGUUGUGGCCCCAUGAUUAAUAUAAAGCUUUUGCCUUUAACCUUGGUCAAGCCUGAUUUCUUCUGCACAAUUUAUAAAUGGAACCUACUUUUUGCAUUGUAAGAAUCACUAUUGCCCUGAUCCCUCCCUUCAUUGUUAUGUGGAAUGAGCAAAAUGUCAUAAAAUAAUAAAAAUUUAUUGUCAAACCCA